AUGGUAAAAAAAGAUAAAAAAAGUAAAGAAAAGAAAGAAAAGUUAAAAUUAAAAAAAGAAAAGCAGAAGCUUAAAUCGUUGAAAUCAAAGAAGAAAAAAAAGGAUACAUUAAGUGAUGAAGAUUUUGAUACAAUUUGUUUAUAUUAUGAAAAUUUAAAUAAGAAAGAUAAGUUUGGGCAUAUCAAUAUAAAUACGACUUCUAAUAAUACUUUUGUAGAAUGUGAAAAGCCAAGUCCUAGGUCAAAUUGUUCUAUAACUUUUAUUAAUGAUGAAGAAUUUAUUUUAUUUGGAGGUGAAUAUAAUGAUAAUAAUGAAUUAAUAUCAUAUAAUGAUUUAUUUAAAUAUAAUAUUGUAAAAAAUAAAUGGAAGUAUUAUUUUACUACUUCAAAAAAGCCUAAACCUCGAUGUUCUCAUCAGACUGUUUAUUUCAAUAAAAAGUUAUAUAUAUUUGGUGGGGAAUUAUGUACAAAUACUCAAUUUUUUCAUUAUAAUGAUUUCUGGAGUUUUGAUUUAAAAAAUAAUGUAUUUGAAGAAAUUGAAACUAAAAAUAAAAAAGAUGAUAAUAAACCAUCUCCCAGAAGUGGUCAUCGUAUGAUUUUGUGGAAAAAUUAUAUUGUAAUGUUUGGAGGUUUUUUUGAUAAUGGGAAAUCUAUAGAAUAUUUUAAUGACUUAUAUAUUUAUAUAAUAAAUUCAAAUAUAUGGAUAAACUUAACGAACGUAUAUAUGGAUUCUUUAUUCAAAAGAUUGACUGAAAAUAAUUCAUCAAAUAAUGAUAAUAAUCUUUCAAUUUCAUCCGAAAAAAAAAAAGACUUAAAUAAAGGAAAAAAUUCACAAAUUUUAAAAAGUAAGUUUUUCAAAAAUUUUGAUUUAGAUUCCUUUAUGCCCUCGAAAAGGUCAAGCGUGUGUUUAUUUACAGAUAUGAAAUAUCAAAAAAUAUAUAUAUAUGGUGGAUAUUCUCAAAUAAAAAACACUACUAGAAAUGCUAUAGGAUUUUAUUUUAACGAUAUGUGGAUUUUAAAUAUAAAUUUAAUUAAUGAAGAUAACAUAUCAGUAAAUUUUAAAAAAUUAAAAAAAAGUAUUUUUCAACCAUGUAAAAGGACUGGUUUUAGUACAUGCAUAUAUAAAAACUCUCUCAUUUUAUUUGGAGGUGUUUUUGAUAAAAAGGUAGAAAAUAAUUCCAAAAAAAUAGAUAAUCCUAACAAUAAUAAUAAUAUGUUAGAGGAAUCAUUAAACUUAAAGUCCCUUUUUUUCAAUGAUCUUUAUUUAUUUGAUAUGAAUAAAGAACAUUGGUCCUACUUAAAUAUAAAGGAUAAAGAAGAAACAAAAGAAUUAAACAAAACAUCUAAAGCAAAUAAAAAAAAUCAUGAAAAGUUGGAAGAAAAUAAAAUAGGUACCAAUAUUAAGAAAGAUAAAUUUCAGCAAAUGGAAAGGGAAAUAUAUUAUGAAGAGAAUAAUAAUAAUAAUAAUAAUAAUAAUAAUAAUAAAACUCAAUCUAAAUAUGAAGAGACUUCAGAUGGACAUGUAUCCAGUUGUUUUAGUGAUGAUAAUGAUGAAGAUUAUUAUUCUAAUGUGUUUGUUUAUUUUGAUGAAAAUGGAAAAAGACAAAUUAUAAAAAUAGAAAAAGAGGAAAAAAAUAAGUCAAGUUAUAAUGAAAAGAAAGAUUUUGAUGAUGUGUUAAAAGUGGAGGAAAACAAUGAUUAUUUGAAUCAUUCAUUAGAUGAGGAAAAAAAUAUAAAUAUAGAUAAAUUAAUUGAUAAUCAUUCUGUUUUUCUUCAAACAAAAGAUAUUAUUACAACAGGAAAUGGGAAUAAAGUUACAAAAAUUUUUGGAGAUGAAAAUAAACAUUGUCAAAAUAUUUCUAACCUACCUUUAAAUGAAACAAUUCUUUAUGUACCUUUAAACAAUACAACGAAUUCUGAGAAUUUUAUGUAUUCACAAGAAUUAAAUGAUUCCACAAAUAUGAUUAAAGUUGAACAUAUAAAUGACACUGAAAAUGUAGAUGAAGAAACAUGUAAAGAGGAUUCAGUUGAUGAAGAUAUGAAGGAUAAUAGUAAUUCUGAUUCAGAUAGUAAUAAAGAAGAGAAGAAGAAAAAAUUCGUAAUAAGUGAGGAAGAACCUAUUGGAAGAAUUAAUAGUCAUAUAUUUGUUCUUAACAAAAAUUUAUAUGUGUAUGGUGGAAUGUAUGAAUAUAAGAAUAAUGAAAUUAUACUUAGUGAUUAUUGGAAAAUUAAUAUAUUCAAAAGAGAAAAAUGGGAAUUAUUAGAUAAAGGUAAUUUAGAUGAUAUUUAUUUGGAAGAAUCUGAUAUGAGUUCCACAAUUUCAAUUAAUGAUGACGAUAAAGAUGAGAAAGAAAUAGAAGAUUUAAUUAUUUGUAGUAAAAUUAAAAAAUUAGAAAAAAAAAUAAAAGAGCUAGACGAGGGAUUAGCUUUAGAUAUUAAAGAAAAUUUAAAUGAAUUCUUUUUAAGAACAAAAGACCAUUGGUUAAAAGAAUUGAAUAAAAUAAGUGAAACCAAAGAAAUUAGAAAAGAAGCCUUUUAUUUAUGUGAACAAAAAUAUAAAGUUAUUAAAAAAUAUUAUAAUAAAAUCCAAAAAUAUAAAGAAUUAUUAAUGGAAGAUGAUGAAGAAAGAAGUAUUAGUGAAACCAUUUCAAGUGAACAAGAACAAAGUUCUAAUUAG